AAGUUAUUUAUAAAAAGUGUUCAAAUUCAAAAAUUCACAUUAAAAUCGCACAUUGAAAACACAAAUUGAUACAAAAAGUGAAAGUUUAAUUACGAAUUAAUAUAUAUAGAGAUUUGCAUUUGGUCGACUGAUUUUGUGGAGUAAAAUCAAUUGGGCAAAUUGACCACAUUACGCAGCACCAAAGCCGAUUGGAAUGUUUUUGAAAAAAAAAAUGCCUUAAAAAUUCGCACACACACAACUCAUGCACAAAAGAAGGCAAUCAAAUAAAACAACGUAUGAAGAAAUCGCUCAAAAUACUUGUUGUUUUGCGCAAUUUCAACAACUAAAUUCAACCGAAUGCAUUAUAAAUGAAAUUAAAUGUAUUUAGAAGUCAAGUGGCACGCAUAAAUAACAACAUUGUCUGACAGACAUUUAAAUCAUCGUGAAAUUAUAAAAUUAAAUAGCAACGCAAACGACGAAACAAUAAAAAUAUGGAACACACAGCCAAAGUGGAAGCUCUCGAUAGCGUUGAGGAAGAUCGUGUACGAAAAAUGUAUGCAAAUCGCAGCAUUCUUAUAACAGGUGGAACUGGAUUCUUGGGCAAAGUUUUAAUUGAAAAAUUUUUGAGAACUUGUCCAGAAAUAGAAAAAAUUUAUUUGCUUGUUCGACCAAAGAGAGGCAAACAGCCGGCUGACCGCUUGGCUGAUAUUUUUAGCAAUGUGUUAUUUGACGGAUUGAAAGAAACUCGAGGACUGGACACGAUCGUUAAUCAAUGUCAUGUGAUUUCCGGUGAUUGUUCGUUACCUGAUUUGGGCAUCUCGGAUGACGAUCGAAAAUUGUUAGCUGAAAAUGUUUCAAUUGUUUAUCAUUGUGCUGCCACCGUUCGUUUCGACGAAACAUUGAAGCGUGCUGUUUUGCUGAAUACCCGUGGCACCAAACUGAUGCUCGAACUGAGUAAAACAUUCAAGAAAUUGGCGCUAUUUUGCUAUGUAUCGACAUCAUACUGUCACUUGAAUGAAAGAUUACUCAUGGAAAAACCAUAUCCAGCACCAGCUGAUCCACAUCGAAUCAUUAAAUCGAUUGAAUGGCUUGACGAGGAUAUUGUGCAUACGAUGACCAAACAAAUUUUGGGCGGAUUUCCAAAUACAUAUGCGUUCACAAAGUGUUUAUCGGAAGCAUUGGUUGUCGAACAAAUGAAUGAAAUGCCAGCUGUUAUAAUGCGUCCGUCAAUUGUAAUUCCGAUUCGAUAUGAACCGAUCCCAGGUUGGACCGAUAAUAUUAACGGACCCACUGGUUUGCUUAUUGGCGCUGGUAAAGGUGUACUUCGUUCGAUGUAUUGCAAUUCAAGCAGUUAUGGUGACUAUUUGCCGGUUGAUUAUGCCGUUAACGGAAUUAUGGUUUCGUCAUGGAAUUUCGUCUACAACAAAGAUUACGAUCGACGUGUUUAUCAUUUGGUGAGUUCAGCCGAAAUCAAAGUGUCUUGGAAAGAAUUGAUUGAUUGUGGUCGUUGGAUAAUUUGUAACAAAUUGCCACUAAAUGGCGUUGUUUGGUAUCCAGGCGGUUCAAUGAAGAGUAAUCGCUUGCAUCAUAACAUCUGUUGUAUACUAUUCCAUUGGAUUCCAGCUAUUUUGAUCGAUUGCUUAUUGUUCUGUCUUCGAUAUCCGCCUGUACUGUGCCGGGUUCAACGAAGAAUCCAAAAAGGUUUCGAUGUAUUCGAAUACUAUGCAAACAAUCAAUGGGACUUUGACAACAGCAAUGUACUGUAUAUGCGUACAAUAAUUAAUGAAAUCGAAGCAAAACGCUACGCUAUUGAGGAUAAACAAAUUGAUAUGUACGAAUAUUUUGAGCACUGCAUUCAUGCCGCCAGAUUGUACAUUUUGAAGGAGAGCGAUGAGACAAUUCCAGCUGCAAGACGUCACAUGAAAGUAAUGUACUGUGUCGAUCGAUUCGUUCGAAUUUUGAUGCUUGGCCUAUUUAUUUACUAUGUGGGUGGAGCAAUAUUUGGUUCAUUUUUCUCCACCAGUUCAGUGUUGAUAGCCGAUUCAAUUGUUGACACAUUGGACGCAAAUAUAUCGGCAUAAUAUUGGUAGCUCAUAAGAUUUCUUUGUUACUAUUACUAGCUACUUUUACUCGCAGCGCAUGGCUGACGCUCUACUAUAAUCAACACACCUUUAACAACAAUUCUUUUGCGGGGCAACCAGAAAUAGACACCAUUUUUAGUGCAAUCGACAAUUUAAUCAACAUAAUUACUAUUUUAUAUGAAAU